UUUAACGGCCAAGAUCUCACGAAACUUGUGUGAAACACGACCCCAUUGGACUCGCCUUUUUCUGAUGCAGUUGGAACCUUUUCCUUUGCCUCCUUUGUUUUUCUGUUUCUCUGCUUAUUCUUAUUGUUGUCGUGAGUAAGGAACAAGGGAUUCUUGCUUCUUCACUUUAGUCUCUCCAGAAAAAGAAAUUUUCAUUGAAUUUGUGUCUCUGAGAUGAUGGAGAGAGAUUUCAUGGGACUCAACUCAAAAGAACCACUGGCUGUGGUCAAGGAGGAGAUUAACGAUUAUGCCUUCAAAGACUCUGGUUUCACAAAGGGUUCGACUGAACAAUGGCCUUUCUCGAACAAAGUCUCUGCCCUUCCUUAUUUGAUGCCUUUCAAGGUUUCUCAAGAUGAUAAGGCUAAGAAAAUAGUGUCUGAUCCCUUAACUUCUGCUGGGUUUAUGCCUAUCUUGAGUCAAGAUGCAUUCUCUUCUGGUGAACCCAAGAAACAUCACGAUAGGCAAGGUGGCCUUCAUUUUUCGCUGACUCCAUAUCCUGUACAACAUGAUGUCAAUUCUGUGAAUCAUCCUCAUGAUGUGAAGAUGUUUUCAGUUUUCAAUCAAGAUAUUUCAGUUUCCUCUGGGAAUCCAUUCCUGAAGAAUCAUUUUGCAACUGCUGGUCAGAAUAUGAAUGGCACUAAUGUGAAGCAGCCAUUACUCAGGAGAAUACCUACAGCACCUCAUUCAGUUCUUCCGUCUGUUGGUGCUGUUACUGGAAUGACUGAAUUGUGUAACAGUGUGAAACCAUCUGUGCCUUCUGCCCAACUUACCAUCUUCUAUGGGGGUACUGUCAAUGUCUUUGAAGAUAUCUCUGCCGAGAAGGCACAAGCUAUCAUGUUGUUGGCUGGCACUAGCAUAUCUACAGCUUCUAACAUGGCAAAACCAAAAGUUCAUGUGCCUAUCUCGAAGUUGGCUGCUGGUGAUGGUGUGCCUGUGAGUCAACCUGCAAAUACACCACCUGGCUCUCGUCUUUCAAGUCCUUUAUCUGUUUCUUCACAUACUGGUGCACCGUCAGGGAGUGGCUCAACUAGCACUGAUGAAUUUCUGGCUGCAAAAACAACUGGAGUUCCUACCACUCCUGUUAGCAAUGUGGAGCCUCCAAAGGUUGUCAGUGCAACCACUAUGUUGACAUCAGCUGUACCUCAGGCUCGGAAAGCAUCCUUGGCUCGAUUUUUAGAAAAACGCAAGGAAAGGGUGAUGAAUGCAGCACCAUAUAACCUCAACAACAAGUCUGAAGAGUGUGCCACUGCAGAAUAUGCUGGUGCCAACUUUUCUGCAGGUACUGUCUCAGCCAAGCAAGGAUAGUAGCCCGUACCUUUAGAGAAAAAUAUUGAUGUAACCUAAAAAUGUUGUAAGCUGAUGCUUUUAUUUCGUUGAUCACAACUUGAGCUGACAUUCUCAAGUAACAGACUAUGUUCGGCAGAUUAUAGAUAGGUCAUUACCAUAAUUACCUUGUUAUUUGAAAGGUUGGUUGAAUUUUAGCUUCCUACACUGUAGCAUUGGACCUCAAUAUAACUCAUGAUUUGUUUACAUUUGUGGAGUAAAAGCCCAGUUUAGAUAUUUA